AUGUGGAUUCCAGAAAAGCGCACCGGUCUCCUCGAAGAGGUCUCCGCCCACCUAGACGGGGCGGAGACUUGCUCUUCCGCCCUUACCUCCUCAGCCCCUGAGGCGUCGUCUGCAAAGACUGGCGCCUCCGGCGCGUGCGGCGGCGCGCCGCCGCGACCUGCGAGGGCGAUCUUUCCCCCCGAGGCCUCGCCUGCAGGGUGGAACCCGGGCGAUUCGCUCGCCGAGCGCGCGCGGCGGACCGAAGAGAGUCAGGAGGAGCGACGCGCGCUCGCGGCGCUGUCGCCGUUUGCCCAGGAGAUUUUCUUUGCCGCUCGAGCCGUCCGCGACCCUGAGUUUCCGGCGUACACUCUGGGUGACCUGGGGGUCGUGACGCCGAGCCUGGUUCGCGUGGAAAACGAAGAGACUCUGAGUCUGCGUCCGCGAGAGGCGAGCGACUUCGCGGCGGAGGGCUGCGACAGAGCCGCGGGCGCAGCAGAGCCUCUGGCUGGCAAAGGCGAAGACCGUAUCUCUGUCUCUCGAGCUGCUGCGGGGGCCGCGGCUUCGGCCUCGAGCUGCGCGGCUCUGGUCCGCGGCGGCGGUCUAGGAAUGGAAGGUAGAGGAGGAGAGGGGGGAGGCGCGGCCGCCGUGGUGACUGUCGGCUUUACGCCGACCAACGCGCGGUGCUCCAUGGCGAGUCUGAUCGGUCUCGCGCUCCGCUGCAAGCUCUGCGAGCGCUUUAACUUCAUUUCCCCCAACUGCGCGCGGUUCUCGAGAGGCGCUCCCCCCGAGCCGCGCACGGAGGACGAGCCCGACGACGACGUGGCGCCGGCGAGACGUCGCCGCGAAGAGCGAGAAGCAGCGGAGCCAGAAGGGGUCAAUGUGCAGACGGGCCUCGAGAGGGGGCUCGCGACCCGCGCUGGAAGGCCCGCAGAGGCCGCUGAAGGCCAGGUCUGCAGGAGGGAGAGGCAGGGCGAGCCACGCGGGCGUGUGAGUUCGAGUUGCUCCGAGCCUCGGCGACGCCGCCUCAUCCUGGAUCUGCAGGUCCUGGGCCACGAAGAUGAAGCGGGCCUCUCCAGGCAACUGAACGACAAAGAGAGAGUCUGCGCCGCGCUCGAGAACCCGCACAUCCGCGAACUCGUCAUCGCGGCGAUCCAAGAGGACGAAGCGUGA